AGCGAGAAGGGCCAGAGAGGCGCUGAGGAGGCGGCGGCGGCGGCGGCGGCGGGACUGGACGCGGGGACCAGGCGCAACAACAGCAGCCCGAAAGGGAUUCCUAAGGAGGCUCUCAUCCUUAAUCAGGGCAGGUGAAAUUAAACUUGAAAAUGGAAGUAGAAAAUGAGCAGGUUCUAAACGUUAACCCCCAAGAACCUGAUCAUUUAAGUGACUCUCUGUUUUCUGGUGAUGAAGAAAAUACUGGAACUGAAGAAACAAAGAAUGAAAUAAAUGGAAAUUGGAUUUCCGCAUCAUCCAUUAAUGAAGCUAAAAUUAAUGCUAAAGCAAAGAGGCGGUUGAGGAAGAACUCGUCUCGGGACUCCGGAAGAGGAGAUUCUGUCAGUGAUAAUGGAGGAGAGGCAUUAAGAAGUGGGGUUACUGUACCAGCCAGUCCGAAGGGAAAGUUGCUGGACAGAAGAUCCCGAUCAGGAAAAGGAAGGGGGCUACCAAAGAAAGGUGGUGCUGGAGGCAAAGGUGUUUGGGGCACACCUGGACAAGUGUAUGAUGUGGAGGAAGUAGAUGUUAAAGACCCUAACUAUGAUGAUGAUCAGGAGAACUGUGUUUAUGAAACUGUAGUGUUACCUUUAGAUGAAAGGGCAUUUGAGAAGACUUUAACACCCAUCAUACAAGAAUAUUUUGAACAUGGAGAUACUAAUGAAGUUGCAGAAAUGCUAAGAGAUUUAAAUCUUGGUGAAAUGAAAAGUGGAGUCCCAGUGCUGGCCGUGUCCUUGGCAUUGGAGGGCAAAGCUAGUCAUAGAGAAAUGACAUCUAAGCUCCUUUCUGAUCUUUGUGGAACAGUAGUCAGCACAAAUGAUGUAGAAAAAUCAUUUGAUAAGUUACUUAAAGAGUUACCUGAACUAGCGUUAGAUACACCUAGAGCACCACAGUUGGUGGGCCAGUUUAUUGCUAGAGCUGUUGGAGAUGGGAUUUUAUGCCAUACAUAUAUCGAUAGUUAUAAAGGAACCGUAGACUGUGUUCAAGCUCGAGCGGCAUUGAACAGAGCCACUGUGCUCCUGAGUAUGACUAAAGGUAGAAAGCGUAAAGACAGUGUGUGGGGUUCAGGAGGUGGGCAACAGUCAGUCAAUCAUCUCGUUAAAGAGAUUGACAUGCUGCUGAAAGAAUACUUACUUUCUGGAGAUAUAUCUGAAGUUGAACAUUGCCUUAAGGAACUAGAAGUACCUCAUUUUCACCAUGAACUUGUAUAUGAAGCAGUUGUGAUGGUUUUGGAGUCAACUGGAGAAAGUACUUUUAAAAUGGUACUGGGUUUACUGAAAUCUCUUUGGAAAUCUUCAACCAUUACUUUGGACCAAAUGAAAAGAGGUUAUGAACGAGUUUACAGUGAGAUACCAGACAUUAAUCUCGAUGUGCCACAUUCCUACUCCCUGCUGGAGCGAUUUGUAGAAGAAUGUUUUCAGGCUGGGAUAAUUUCCAAAUCACUGAGAGAUCUAUGUCCUUCAAGGGGCAGAAAACGCUUUGUAAGUGAAGGGGAUGGAGGUCGCCUUAAACCAGAGAGCUACUGAAUACAAGAACUCUUGCAGCCUUAGAUGUUAUACAAACCUAUAUCUGAAUUGAAAGGGGUUGCUUAGCACAGUUUUUUUUUUUUAGCACUUGUUUUGGGUACAAGGUGUUUUUGAAUGUUUUAUAAGCUUCAACAUUCAGGAUGGAUUUUUUUUUUUAAAGGAAAAUUUUUCUUUGUGGAUAAUAAAGUUGAGGGACGGACCAAGCCACAGCUAUGUGGUCUAUUCAAAUAAGCUACCCUUUUCUAAGUGCCAUGUUUAUGACCUAAUCAUUCCAAGUUUUGCAUUGACGUCUGACUGCCACUCCCUUUCUUUCAAGGACAGUGUUUUUGUAGUAAAAUCACUGGUUUAUACGAAGCUUUAUAUAGGGGGUAAAGUUAAGCCGCUGAAACCCCAUGUUGGCUGCUGCUGUUGAAAUACUGUGCUUUGGGAGGUUAAGAAAAGGUUAUUUCUUUGUUUUAAAGAAUUUUAAGAAAAUGGGUUAGUCAUGAGAUUUAUUCAUCUUUCCAGGGAACAUACUGAUUGGUCUUAAAGACUAGAGUGUUCAGUAAAUGGUGGCUGGAACAUCUAUUUUUCUACAAAACUGGAAAAAUGAACCAGGUUCUGAAAGAAUGUAUUACAAAAUAAAAUUUGUGAAGGAGUAUCA